AAAAUAUAAAUAUUUAAUGAGUCAUUAUUAAAACCCUACUUAUAAUCAUGCUCAAAUGAAAUAGUAAGUCGGAGUUUCCAAUUUGAAAAUGAUGGAUGGGGAGGACUUGAGUAAGUCAUCCUAUUUCAUACUCUAUUUUAGCUGCUGGAGAUAGAAGGAAAUUGUAGUAAUUGUAAAUGAAAGAUUGGGUUUAAUAAUAAACAUAAGAUAACUAAGCCAAAAAACAAUUGAAUAAGCAGAUUUAAUAGUAAUAUGAUUAAUAGACAUUACAAAUCAAUCAAAAUUUGAAAGAGUUAGAUUAAGAGUAACAAAGAAGAAGAGUUGAAAUGGAAAUUGCUAAUCAAUAAAUCAAUAACUAAAUGGCUAAAGAAAAAUAAGACAGAGAACAGUAUAUGGAAGCUUUGGCUUAAUAAGAAAAGAAGUAACAUUAAUAAGAAAUAAUGAAUAAUGAUGUUUGGACUGAAAAGUACAAUACUCCUUUAUUAAACAUAAAGUACUGCAACCUGUUAAAGUGCUUUGGCUCCUCAUAGAGUCAUACCGUACCAUUAUAAGGGAAUGUCAGAAGAAUAGAGAUAAUAAAUUAGAAAUGAUUAAGCUAUAUAAAGAUAAGGAAAUGAACAGAAAAGAUAAUAGGAGAAGGAAGAUGAGAAGAUGUGGGCACAAUAUAAUGAAGUAUGUGAAUAUUUUCAUAUAUUCUAGCAUAAUCGAAAAUAAUUAAUUAUUUAAGAAAGAGAAAAAGCUCGUAAAUUGUAAACUUUAAGGAAUAAUUAAAAAGAGUUUAAUUUACUAUCCUAAACUGAAUAGAAAUUAAAAUUAAAAAAUGAAUAUGCAUGA